AUGGCAGAUAUCGAAUAUCUGAAGAGCCUACAGGCUGUGCGUGAGCGAGCCCAAUUGGUGUUGGAAGCCGGGGUAAAGGGAGAGCUUUCUCACUUCAAUUAUCACUUUGAUCGAAUGCCAGAGGCUGCAGAAUUUGUUGCCAAUAUCAUCAAACGAGACUUUGGCCCGGACAAGUUCGACCAAAUCCCCCCUCACGGUCGCUGGCAGCAUUUCGACGUUGGUGGUUUUCCUCGAAUCAAUGAUCUUAUAAAAACGUGGCAACUUAGGGGGUACGACGAGCUCGAGGUUACACGUCGCCUCGUCGAUCUUUUCUUUGUCUCUGUUCUUCUUGAUGCGGGUGCAGGAGAUUUUUGGACUUUCACUGAGCCUGUGACCGGCGAAGUCUACGGAAGGAGUGAGGGAAUUGCAGUCUCAGCUCUGUAUAUGUUCCGAGAUGGGGCUUUCUCGAGCCAGAAAUUGGCUGACACGGAAUUUGUGGAUGGACAUGGCCUGGCUGCUCUGAAUAUCGAGACAUUUAGAAAACAUUAUCAGAUUACCACUGAGAACCAAAUUGUUGGUGAUACAUCUCGUGUCAGCCUAUUGAACAGUGUUGGCUUGUCUUUGCUGAGCCUCCCAAAGAUAUUUGGUGAGAAUGGCCGACCCGGAAAUCUAGUAGACUAUAUAAUUCAACAAGGAACCGAGCCAGAUGAACUAAACUAUGACAAUCUAUGGUCAAUUCUGCAAGAUGUUCUGCUCCCUGCCUGGCCAGCGGAUCGAACCCGCAUUGCAGGAAUUCCCAUCGGAGACGCCUGGCCUCUAGAAGUUCUCGCAAAGAUCAAUGCCAGCAAGCAGAGUGAAAAUGGCACGCAAAAUAUUCAACCAUUCCACAAGUUAACCCAAUGGCUGGCAUACUCUCUUUCUGUACCUUUCAUGCGGAUUCUUGGUCGGAAGUGGAAGAACCUGGACCGGGGAACAGGUCUACCAGAGUAUCGAAAUGGAGGCCUUUUUGUGGACUUAGGUGUUCUUACAUUGAAAGAUGACGCCCUCAAACAAGGAUUGGAGACUUCAAAGAAUGAUCUUCCAUGCUUCGGUGCUACCAGUGAUGUAAUUGUUGAAUGGCGGGCUAUGACAGUGGCAUUGCUUGAUAAACUUCAUGAGCUUGUUAGUGAGCACUUUGCUCAACAAGGUGUUAACUUGAAUAUGCCGCAAAUGCUGGAAGCUGGCUCGUGGAAGGGUGGAAGAGAGCUUGCAGCAAAGCUCCGCCCUCAGACAAAGUCCAGUCCAAUUCUGAUGGAAGGAGAUGGAACGUUAUUCUAG